UGCCUUCAGGCAAAACCCUGAGUCUUUCAAGAGCUUUAGAAGAAGAAUGGAGACCUCAGAGGAACACUAUUACGACUACCCUGAGUACGAAAACUACAGCUCCAACUUCAGCUACGAUGACUAUCAAACCAUCUGUGAGAAGGGCGAUGUGCGCUCCUUCGUGAGGAUCUUCCUCCCAGCUGUUCUUGUGUUAUCUCUAGUGAUUGGUUUAGCAGGCAACGCUCUGGUUGUGGAGGUGUAUGCAUACUGCAAGCAACUGAAAACGAUGACUGACACAUUUAUACUUCACCUGGCUGUGGCAGACCUGUUGCUGCUCCUAACGUUGCCCUUCUGGGCUGCUGAUGCUAUCCAUGGCUGGGAACUCGGGGUCACCGUCUGUAAACUCGUAUCUGCCCUCUACACCAUUAACUUCACCUGUAGCAUGAUGCUGCUGGCCCACAUCAGCAUGGAUCAGUACUUGGCUUUGACACCAGGAGCCAGAAGCACAGGCAUUACGCGUGCUUUUCAAAAGAAGCAUUGUAAAAAACUCUGUUUGGUGGUCUGGACCAUUGCGUUUUUUCUUGGCGUCCCUGAUUUGGUGUUUUCAACAGCCAGAGAGCUUCCUCAUAAAAAAAGCUGCAUCGCCAUGUAUCCAUCGGGCAUGGCUCUCAAGGCUAAAGCUAGUUUGGAAGUGGUGGAGGUCGUAAUAGGCUUCUUGCUACCUUUAUUUGUGAUGUUGUUCUGCUACACCUUUGUAGGCCGAGCCCUACUGAAGCUCCCUCAGGAGAGGAGAUGGAGGAAGUGGAGGUCCCUCCGUGUGCUGCUGGUGAUGGUGGGAGUCUUUGUGGUCACACAGCUGCCCUACAACGUGGUCAAGUUCUGCCGGGCCAUGGACAUCAUGUACACAUUUGUGACUCACUGUGGGGUUAGUAAAGAGCUGGACAGGGCUACUCGGGUCACUGAGAGUCUGGCACUGACACACUGCUGUCUGAAUCCUGUUCUGUACACUUUCGUCGGUUCCUCCUUCAGACAGCAUGUAUUGAAGUGUGCCAAAGACUUUGGAGACAGGGGGAGGAGGUUGGCACGUGUGGGAGAGCAACAAGAAGUGGAUAUCUCCUUGAAUUCUCAUUCACAGUCCCAAGAGACCAGCACUUUUUCCAUUUGAGCAAACUAGAGUAGAUGUUUACCAGUCUGUGGAGCUUUGCACCAUCUGCCCCUUUGCAAAAUAUG